CGUUCACUAACAGAAAGUUAUAAAUAAUUUAAUGAAUGAAUUAAAGGUUUGUUUGUAUGCCAUUUGAGAAUUUAUUAUAAAGUCAAAUGGAAGUAAAGAAUUUUAGGUGUGAUUUAACCAUCCAGAUGCUUUUUGCGGCCGCUGUAUUUCAGUUUGAAUCCGGAGCAUGUGCUGUGUGUGUACAGAGCUGUUGUGUGCAGGGAACAGGAUGAUAUUAGCGAUGCGUCACGUGUCGUGAGGAGGAGCUUCUGCUGAACACAGUGUGAUGUGCAGCACAGAGGACCAGAAUACAAACUCCUCCUGCUGUCAGCACACCGGCUGGAGCCUCUCAUACUAAUGCUUAUGUGCUCAAGUGCGUCUUUGCAUAGUCUAUAUAGAUUUUCGAAUUGUUUUCUUGUAACCAGCCCAAACAUGCUCGAACUUCAUCAGCUGUUUGUGCAAAGUGCAUAAAGCGGACUACGAGGGAUGGAACUGCAUGGUCAUGAAAGUUUGAUAUGGUGUACAUCCUCCCACUCAAGUUUAUUCGCGUCCAAAUGAGGACACUUCACGAGCAGCAUUUCUGGAUAAUGGACUUAUUUAAACAGGAACGACAUCAAGGACUUUGUUUGUAACUGGAGCAGACACAGAGAAGAGAUCCUGUUGGAUGCGCUCAAGUUAACUCUGUUGUCCGAUUUUUCGUUAAAGGAAGGAUUUAAUGCGAACAUUAAUGCGUUCGAGCGCGCGCGUGUGUGUGAUGUGCGGGACGCAGUGAAGCCGCAGGGUUGAACUGAUGCGCGCCGCCGAACAGGAACUCCUCCAUGCUCCUCAUCAGCCCAGUCUUGACCUUCCAGAUUUCGAACAGUGAGGCACAAGCACUUUAGUUUUGAGCCACAUCAACGCACACAACUGGUCUCUUCAGCACCUCAGUGGACUCAUGGGUACUGUACUGUCACUCUCUCCGGGUCCUCGAAAACCUGGUUAUUAUGAUGACCGGCCCAGUUCUCUAAGCCAUUACCCGAGCCUGAGCAGCCGCUCGCUGAACCCUCAAAAGGACCGCAACCUCAAACGCGGCCACUCCAUCUUCCUCCCCGCACUCACCUGGAAACGCCUGGUGGCCUCCACCAAGAAGCGAGGGGAGUCCAAAAAAGCCUAUCCUGGAGGUCAAGGGGCCGUCGGGGCUCCUCUCAACAACAAUAACAUCUACCAGAAGGAUCCAGUCUUGCACCUCAACCGUGAAAAUGUGAAGAAGUCUCUCUCCUGCGCCAAUCUCACUAGCUACGAUGGUCCUGCGGGUCUGGGCCUGGGCGUUGGGCUUGGUGUGGGAUACGGGAAACCGCAGCAGAUUUCCUCUGUUAAGAAGAUCGCAUCUACAUGCACCUCCUCACCAAAGCGUGUGAUCGUCCAGGCCUCGACUAGCGAGCUGCUCCGCUGCCUGGGUGAGUUUCUGUGUGGCCGCUGCUAUCGGCUCAAGCACCUUUCCCCCGCUGAUCCGGUCCUGUGGCUGCGUGCUGUGGACCGCUCACUCUUGCUCCAGGGCUGGCAGGACCAGGCCUUCGUGACGCCGGCCAACGUGGUGUUUGUGUACAUGCUGUGCCGUGAUGUGGUGGAUGGCGACGUGGUGUCUUCAGAGCAUGAGCUCCAAGCAAUUCUCCUAACCUGCCUGUACCUGUCGUAUUCCUACAUGGGGAACGAGAUCUCAUACCCGCUCAAGCCCUUUCUGGUGGAGGCGGCUAAAGAGGCAUUCUGGGACCGUUGCCUGGCCAUUAUCGACAUCACUAGUGCCAAGAUGCUGCGGAUCAACGCAGACCCACACUUCUUCACGCAGGUCUUUGCCGAUCUGAAGAGUGAAGGAGGUUGUGCUUUGCAGGACUACGCUAGAGUUCUGGAUCGGUGAAAAGAAGGAUAAGGCGAAUCAUCUUUGUAAAUGUGACAGCGUCAACAUCUCACACCGUCAUUCCAUCAUUCUGGCCCCACAUAUGCCUUGUCACAUAACAUUAUGAGCCUUGUUUUUGACCAUUCUGCAAGAAACAGAAGCAACAUAUUUCUGCUGAAAAGAUCAGCUUAGACCUGUGAGAAUGUCCAGGCUGGUAUAUGUUGGUUUGGUGCUGGUCUAGCUGUUGCAUUCCAUUACACAACAUUUUUUCUUUAUAGUGAAAAAAAGGUUCUUUAGAUUUUUAAAUGUUCUCACACUAAGAAAAACAGCUCUUUUCAGAAUUGUGCACUGAAAGGUUCUUUGGGCAACCAAAAAUGGUUCGUCUUUGUCAGGGGUGUUUAAUCCUGCUCCUUGAGGGCCAGUGUCCUGUAGAUUUUAGCUCCAACCAGCUCUAACACACUUGUCUGGAAGUUUCUAGUGAGUCUGCUGACUUUGAUUUGCUGUUUCAGACAUUUGGAGCUAAAUUCUGCAGGACAGUGGUCCACCAGGAAUAGGUUUGGACACCCCUGUUCUGUGGCAUCGCUGCAAAAACACCUUUUUUUAAAAGUGUAUAGUGGAAAAAGGGUUCUUCAGGUUAUGAAAAUGUUAUUUAUAUUGAGAAACAAUGCUUCUUUUAUAAAUAGUUCACUAAAAGGUUGCUUGUGUGCACAAAGGGCGUUCCAAACUUUGCUUUUUCUUAUUCAGUUCCCCUAUCUUAAAAAUUAAAUAUAGUCAUAAUUUAAGGAUCAACAUCAAAAGGAAGAGAGAGAUUGUCAAUCUGCAUAGAAGUUUGUUAGUUAUGCUGUUGUCAAACCAACCUUUUUCAAAAAUAGUUACGAUUCCUUUACUAAACAUUUCGGUUCCUCUACGUUUAUGACAUCUAGUUUGUGAGAAACUGCAACAGAAACCAUCCAACGAAGAGCAUGUUAGUUUGAGUGUGUGUGAGUGUGUGUGUGUGUGUGUGUGUGUGUGUGUGUGUGUGUGUGUGUGUGUGUGUGUGUGUGUGUGAUGGGCGAAUCAAACAGUGAGCAUCAACAGCUGUUGGUUAUCAUGUUGUCCUACCUUUAUUUCAUGUGCUGGAAGUUGGGGCACCAGCUGCAAUGGCUUUAACAAGAUUAACAGAUUAGUGUCACACACACACACACAUACGGUUGUCAAUGUGUAUAGGUUGAUUGACUAACCCAUGUAGGCCAAAUACACUAGUGUAUGUUCUGUCCUGCAUGUCUUGGCGUCUGUGUAGCAAUAGAGUGUCAUAUUUAGAAAGAUUUAGAUUUCAGAAAAUCUGUGUCAAAUUUGAAAGAGUCUAUAAGAAUGCAUCCUUUCUCUUCAGAUAAUGAAGGAAACAAACAAAGAGGCCUGAUUCUCUGAACACUCUCAGAUCACUGUUGUUUACUUGUGAAAUCAUUUUCUUUGAAAUAUAAUAUUUAUGAUAAAAUUGACCCUAUUUACUUUCCUAAAACACACACCUGGUUGUAUUGUGCACUGUUCAUCAGUGCACAUUACUCCCAAGUCUGUAGUUUGUAACUAUCCAUCAAAACCUGCAUCGCCUCUGAAAAAUGAUAAAACAUGUAAUAGAUAAAACAUGCAUACUGACAGUCACGCAUGCACAUGCAGACACAACAGAUGCCCUCUUCUCUGGGUCAGGGUUUCAGGUGUCAGCGCUCAGGCAGAAGAGCAGGGACAGCAGCAUGUGGCACGGCAAGCACUCGUUAAUCUUAUUGUGGCUUUUUAAGGCAGAGCCAUGGGCGCCAUACUCCAGCUCCCCCGCAAAAGCUGACUUUAAACGCAUACACACACUUAGGAGCACACAUGUUCGCUCAAACGACCUGGAACCACUACGCAUACAUUUUUAGGCUAGUAAUCGCAAAUGCACUGAUACGCAUAUGCAUGCACCUUCUUCCACACGCUAAAGCGAUAAUCUGCUUUUGAUCCUUGCCAGCAAUUGGGUGGAGUGCCACAAUAACAAAAUGCCAUUCAGAUCAGACGAGAUUUCUCUUGCUGAAACUAACAGAAAAGGCACAUCUUGUGUUAUGACUGUGCACUACGCAGAUGUUACAUAAACACAUAAAAACAGGACUGUGAAGUAUUUGCUUAACAAGUACUUGCUUAAUAUUUUUUUUUUUUUUUUUUGGAAGGAUUGAAGGAAUAACCAAGUUUUCACUUAUUUUAAAAGCGUUUACCUUUGUGAAAAAGAAGUGCGUUUAAUUUUAAUUGAAUGCGCACUUGUAGUGUACUUUAAAUCUUAAAAGUGUUUUUAACAUAUACUAUUAUAAAAAUGGCACUUAAGUUUAGGCAACACUUUCAUGACUGUUUCUUAGCACACUUAAGUAUAUUUUUUAAAAGGACACUAUGUAAUAUGUCAAAUUAAAAGUUUUACUUUAAAGUACAUUUUAAAGAAUGUUUUAAUAAUCUCUUGUCAUGCUUUAAAGAAAGACUUAAUUUGAUGUGUUGACUAACAUGCUAAAGCAUGUGGAGUCUAUUAUUCUGUUAUUCAAUAUUACAUUUAAAGUUAUUAUAUCUUAAAUGCAAUAAAUUGCAUCUUCAUCAUUAAAAAUGUGUAAAUUACAAAUAUAUUUAAAUACAU